AUGGCUGCAAGGAUGGCCCUGAUCGCCGGCCUUCUUCUCCUGCUCCGGCUGGUGCCGCCAUCGUCGUCGUCCUCAGAUGUGGUGUUGGAGCUCCAGGGUAACGUCUACCCUACUGGCCAUUUCUUCAUCACCAUGAACAUUGGCGACCCGGCGAAGCCUUACUACCUGGACAUCGACACCGGCAGCAUCCUCACCUGGCUGCAGUGUGACGCCCCUUGCCAGCAUUGCAACAAGGUACCUCACCCGCUGUACAAGCCCACGAAAAGCAAGCUGGUGAAAUGCAAGGAGCAGCGCUGCGCUGACCUGCAGAGCGAUGUGGGCAAGCCGAAGAGAUGCGGGCCGCAGAGUCAGUGCGACUACGCGAUUCACUACGUCGACGGAUCAUCCGUUGGCGUGCUCAUCGUCGACAGGUUCUCCCUCCGAGGCAACGGCACCAAUCCUACCGACAUCGCCUUCGGGUGUGGGUAUGACCAGGGGGAGGAGAAUUACAAUGUGGCGACGCCGGUGGACGGCAUGGUUGGGCUCGGAAGGGGCAGGGUGACGCUGCUCACGCAGCUCAAGUCCCAGGGGGUGAUCAGCAAGCAUGUCGUGGGCCAUUGCCUCAGCUCAAAGGGUGGGGGCUUCCUCUUCUUUGGGGAUGCCAUGGUGCCAACUUCAGGUAUAACCUGGUUCCCCAUGAACAGAGGGCAUAAGCACUACUCACCCGGGGCUGGAACCCUGCACUUGGAUUCAAAUAGCCAGCCGAUAAACACAGCGCCGAUGGAAGUGAUAUUUGACAGUGGUGCCACAUACACCUACUUUGCUCCCCAGCCAUACCAAGCGACUCUCUCAGUGGUGAAAUCCACUCUCAGCAGCGAGUGCAAGUUUCUUAACGAGGUGACAGACAAAGAUCGAGCUCUUAACGUGUGCUGGCAAGGGAAGGAUAAAAUCAGGAGUGUCGAUGAAGUCAAGAAGUGCUUCAGAUCACUGUCUCUGAUCUUCUCCCACGGUGAUAACAAGGCCAUCUUGGAGAUCCCACCUGAACAUUACCUCAUUAUCUCUCAAGAGGGUCAUGUGUGCUUGGGCAUCCUUGAUGGAUCAAAGGAGCAUCCAUCUUUAGGUAAAAGGAACUUAAUUGGAGGAAUUACAAUGCUGGACAAGAUGGUGAUUUAUGACAACGAGAGAGCGCUGCUCGGAUGGGUUGAUUAUCCGUGUGAUAGAAUGCCCAGUUCAGAGUCCAUGAUCACUUCACGUCUCUGAAAUCUGAAUGAGGUAUAAAGCAACAUACAGCAAUGACAAAAGGAUGGAAAGAAAUAGAGGAGGACCAUUCAUAUGUUAGGAAAAUAAUAAACGAUUCACACAAGAUAUCACAAGCUUGUAUGCUCAUCUUGCAUGGCCAUAAUGAAAUGAAGUUAGUAUUUUAACUGAUGUGGUCUAUGCCGUGAUGUGCCUCUAAGUUAGUAUUAUAUACU